AUGGUGAAGAAAGGGGGAAUGAAGACGAAGAUUGAGAUUAAGAAGAUCACGAAGAAGACCUCGCUAGGACCUAUCUGUGUCAAACGUCGUAACGGACUCUUCAGUAAAGCUUCUCAGCUUUGUCUUCUCUCCGGCGCACAAAUCGCUAUCUUAGCGACUCCUCCUUCAUCUGAAUCACACGUAUCAUUCUACUCCUUCGGUCACUCCUCCGUCGAUGGCGUUGUCUCUGCUUUUCUCUCCGGACAACGUCCUGUUCCCGUUCCUAAUCCCGAGGAUGACCAAGCGAUGAGGGAGGACGUUGGUAUCUGUUUGACUCGUAAGGAUCUAGGGUUAGGGUUUUGGUGGAACAACGAGAGGCUUGUCAGAUCGGAGGAUCCGCGAGAGAUUAGUGACGCAAUUGAUUCCAUGUGGACGUUGUUGGGUAAUCUCAAGGAUCUGCGUGCGGAUCAAGCUUCUUUCGUUAAUAAUAAUAAUCAAGCUUUCGUAGUUAAUGAUGAUCACGAGGACCUGAAGAACAACGAGAAGAGCGGUUUUACCACUGAAGAACAAGAUCAGAUCCCACCGCUUUGUGAAAGCUUCUGCGUUACGGACAACAACAACAACAACAACUCUUUUACUAAAGUAAACUUGGAUUUCGAUCAAGAGCUGGAUAUUGAUCAACUCAUUGAUUUCGAUACUGAUUUUGAAAGCUCCCUUGAUAAUUGGUACACUCAUCAGGAGAACCUCGAUCAGUGUUUUCCUUAUAUCAGCUAA